AUGCCCUUGAUCAUGGACCACGGCAUCAAUGUGGACGAUUUGUUUGGCGAGUCCGGCUCUCUCGAGCUGGGUUUGUCCCCAACGGCCCCUAAAGGCCUAGCGCAACGGCUAGAUGAGAUGCGCUUAUUAGGAUGUUGCCAGAAAAUUGCUUGGUCACGGCUCGGGUGCAUCGCGUACAUCUCCCAAGACGGCCUAACGGUCAAUGUCCGCUAUCUUCACUGUCAACCCUCUGAUGGCAGAUGGUGUCUCAGCAAGGAUACGCCUUUAUUUCCGGUCACUGAGGCCCAUGGCAGUCAUCCACUGGUCCAUAUAUGCUGGAAUGAGAGCGGUUCGGAAUUGGCUGUCGUGGACUCGUCGGGACGCGUAUCAAUCUAUUCCAUCUCCAUAGCCCUCAAUAGCAUCGCUGGCCAGCGCCAGGCAGCUUUCGACCCUGAUGAUGAGAUAAACCAGGUUGUUGGGAUGAUGUGGUUGAACACGCAGCGUUCGGUCCACGCAUUUCUCCAAGCGGCCAAGGUAAAUGGGCGUUGGGCAUAUUCUCCUUUUCGCCGUCGGCCAAUCGGCCCUUUUCAUCCGGCAAAUAAAGCAGCUCUGGUUUGCGUGACCAGAUCCGGUUUGAUCAAGCUGCUGUACCAGAACCCCGAUAGUCGGUGGGCAGAGAUUUCUGCGGAGUUGAAGAAUACCAGCUACUCUGACAGGCUUCUGACCCAUGCUUCUCUGGUAGCAACCCAAGCCGGUAUCAUUGUCACCACGCAUUCGGUAUGCCAGAAGAUUUGUGUCUAUCGCGUCCACGUCUCCUGGAACCCUCCUCAAUGGGAUCCAAGUACACCUAAACAAUCGAAUCUCUUUCCAGUACCAAGUUUCCGUUUUGCACAUGGCAACGUCGAAACGCCUAGUGGAAUUUGGAACACAUAUCGCAACACAGGCGAAAAUGAAGAAGCAACAUCGUCAACCAAUUCCAUUUACGCCCUGAUGCACUUGGAAAUUAUUCCUGGUGCCGUCGAUAACCCAGCAGGCUCCACGGCAAAUCCUUGGAUCCUUGCUGUCUAUUCGAACCCUCUCGCUGCCACCCCUCAUCACACGGGGCAAAAUGGCUCUGCUAGUAUCAUUGUCCGAUGGCAAUUGGAAGCAGCUUCACAAAAUCUUCAUCCCAAGUUUGACGAGGUGGUGUCGAAAAAGAACCACAAUGCUCAGGUUAAGCCGAAAAUGGAACUACGUCGGCUCGAAGACAUCCAUUUCAAUAAAUAUGUGAUUUCAGUUGACCAAGCAGAGCAUGGCACCGUGCUGGCUAUUACCUACGAUGACAGUUCAAUAACUUUCUACGAUCCGAAGACAAUGGCUGUAUUCAAUGGAACAGAUGAUAACUCGACAGUGACAUGUUUAACCCAAGCGGGAUUCCAUUCUCCUCCGGAGGUUUCAGGCCUCCAGAUCAGCUUCUCUCCCAGUGCCUGUGCUGCUGUCAUGCUAGACAGCGAGGGGCAAACACAACUACGGCUCGUGGAACAUUCUUACGGGGCAGAAAACGGUCUCUUUGAUGAGAGCAAGUUCUCUGCAGCCAUUGCAGCGCUUACACUGGCGUUUUGUCGGGGUUGUGGGAGUGAUAUCAACACGGAUGAUAUACUAAUGCUUGUCAUGCGCCAGCUCUCAUCUGAGGCUCAAACCACGUUUCUCAACGAAGUGUACCGCGCACUACCCAUCAACUGCAACUUCACCGUGGAGCAAGACAAACUCAUGAACCACCCUUACAUCCCCCGUUGUCUAAGCCUUCAAGCCGCGUUGGGGUUCAGAGAUAGAUAUAAGCCACGAAUUUUCACAUCCGCCGUCCCUUGGGCGAUUCUGCAUCUUCGCCAUGGGGCUGUUCUGUUUGCUUAUUUCUUCCAGUACAUCAAGAGUACUCAGACAGACCCUCAUGAUUCGGACGUACUGCGGAUGGUCCUGGGUAAUACCAGAUGGGUCCUCGAUUUCUCCCAAUACAUCUUAAACGAAGUCUUCGACCUAGCAGAUGAAUUCGAAAGCGUUCUCUCCGACCAAGAGGCCUUCACCCAGAAGCUAAAAACAACAACCUCCCUUCCCCUCAUAAUCCUUCUCUCCAGCAUGUCCCGCACCUUCCUUCGCUUCAUCUGCCGCGGCCUCCGCGGCGUGCACUCGGGCUACAACCCCUCCGCCGCAAACCUCGUCGGCGACUCCCGCAUCUACUACUCCGAAACCUGCCACCUCCUCGAUGCCUCCCCCGUGCGCAUCGACGUCUACGAGAAGUUCCUGGCGGGCGUCGAUUCUGCUGUCCGGCAUGCGUACCACGGCGCUGGUUUCGGAGAUACAGAGCGGCCAGGGCCGGAGAAAGAGUUACUUGUUAAUGCGCGGAUUCCGCCUGUUCUUGUGAAUGCAGUUUCGGCGAUUUUUAGAUCGGUCGUUCCCGCAGUGAGGGGCGAGGUUGAUCGGUUGGCGGUUUAUUUGGGUGAUUAUACGUGGUUGGGUGUUGGGGAUGAUAAGCGGACGGAGGUGUACAGGCGGACGAGGGAUGUUGAUAUCCUCAAGAAGAUCCCGUUGCGGGCUGUUGUUGCGGACGUUGGGUCUGGGGCAAACAACACUUCUACGGCUACCAACGACAACAAUAAGGCCGGCGCCGGACAGCGCAUUCGUCGCUGCAUUCGAUGCUGUGAGAUCUCGAGCGAUACGCACCCGCCACGGUCUUUGCCUGCGUUCCAGAUGAUUGCAAGGCUGGGCUUGUUGCGCUCGUGUAUUUGUGGGGGGAUGUGGGCAUUGGAGGCCCGGUCGCCGGCUGGUCAGUUGGAUGGUUCGCCGGCGCCGGGGUCGGGGUUGCAGGCUGAGCUAAGGACGCCGGGGUUGAUGCAGGGGUCUUGA